AUGACCACGGCCACUGUCACCUACCAUGAACUUCCACCUCUGACAAGCUGGGCAUCUGAUGGCCAACAAACUACUCAUAAUAAUAUUUUAAAUGAUCGUUCUCCUUCUAUUUUAAAUCCUUUAAUCACUCCUCAACAAUUCAUUUGCAAUCAAUCCAUUAAUCCUUAUAGAACAGAAUCGAAUUGCGAUGAGAUUUUAUGGACAAAUAAUGGUUUCUAUUCACCAACUUCAUUUCAUCAUAUUCAUUCAGCAAAUUCUCAGGUUAUUGGUAAUGAAUUUCGUAGCAAAAAACGUGGCAAUUCAUUUCGUUCAAAUUCAGGACCUUCAUCAAGUGGAAUUUUAGCACAAACUAUCUCUGAAGAAUUAUGCUUAGUUUGUGGUGAUAAGGCUUCUGGAUAUCACUAUAAUGCUCUAACAUGUGAAGGUUGUAAAGGAUUCUUUCGUCGUUCGAUCACAAGAAAAGCAAUAUAUUAUUGUAAAUAUGGUGAAAGUUGUGAUAUUGAUAUGUAUAUGAGGCGUAAAUGCCAACAUUGCCGUCUAAAAAAAUGCAUGGAUAUUGGAAUGAGACCUGAACGAUUGCGAGCUGAUUCGCGAGUGCCUUUAGUUGUUAUUCCUGAGGAUCAGUGUCGAAUCAAGAGAGAAGCGAAACAGAAGUUAAGGAUUGUAGCAGAUCAACGCAAAUCAAGUAGUCCAUCAGCAGUUACUUCUACAGAAUCACUUGAUUGUGGCCUAUCAAUUGAAACUCGAGAAUUGAUUAGUCGUCUAGUGGCAAUUGAUAAUCAAUUUUUGGCUCCAUCUAAUGAUUCCUUGAUGCAAUUAUCAGAUUAUAAUGUCGAAGGAGGAUCUUAUCAGCAUUUAGCCGAAUUAACAAUACUGAAUGUUCAAUUAAUCCAUCAAUUUACUGCCCAUUUGCCUGGUUUUUCUAAGUUAUCUGAUGAAGACAAAAGAACACUUCAUAAGGCUUGUAAAACUGAAGUUUUGGUGAUAAGAACUGCUCGUUCAUAUGACUGUUGUGAAGAACGUGUAAUAUUAGGCAAUGAAACAAAACAGUGGCGCUACGAUCGAGAACAGUAUCGCGCUUUUAUUGGAUCACUAGCUGAUCCAAUAUUUGAUUUUGCUCAUUCGUUAGCCAAACUUGGUCUCGAUCAAGCCGAAUUCGUUAUUCUUACAGCUAUCGCUAUUUUUUCAGACCGACUUGGUUUGGUACAACCGAGAGCUAUCGAGGAUAUUCAAGAAGUUUAUACAUCAGCUUUACAAUCUUAUAUUGAUGUUCGUAGGCCAAAACAAAGGACGAUGUUUGCUCGACUCCUAAUGAAACUUACUGAUCUUCGUAGUCUAACUUCCGAACAGGCUGAAAUUUUCUCGGAAAUCGGUACAACAAAUAUUAAUUCAACUCAUUCACCAGCGGUUGAACCAAAAUAUUUCCCAUCAAAACCACUUCCUUAUGAACAAUAUUCGAGUGAUCAUUAUUCAUCGGGACGAUAUCAUGAAACGACAUCACCUAUGAAUUUUCAUUAA